AUGAUACUCUCACAAUUCUGCGGCGCACGAACCGAAUCUUAUACAGGCCAUGUUAGCGGCGUGAUCUGCAGACAAUUCAGAAUCUCGCUCAAGGGAUCUCGCAACGUCAGCAGCGCGCUCAACAACCUGCCCAUUUACCGGACUCCAGACGAGAACCUUACGUUCGGUUGGGCCACGAAGAACUUGAUCCGGGCAAGGGCGGUGCACGAAAGCGCUUACGAGAAUCUCGCGACCAUGAUUGCCCUGAGCGAGUCCUUCCACGAACCAUACGCUGCGAGAGUCAUGUUUGAGCUGGCCAAGAUUCACGCCGGACCCGACGAUAUCACGCCUCACUUGGAUCAGUGGAAGGCUGUCAUACAUAGCAUGAACGGCGCAUUUGCGACUUCAGAUUUCGGCAUCCUCGUCGAAGACUACAUUCGACUGAACCCUUACAGCCUCCGCGUCGACCUCGACGAAGCAGUGCUGCGCUUUCCGAUCUCAGCAAAGCUGGUAGCACACGCCUUGAUCGCCUUAGCUAAGGUCACCACAGGUGAAACGCGGCAGCUGACGUUAGUUGGCAGUGCUGUCAUCUCCUGGCUCGCAGCCAUCGCCGACUGGAUCUACGACCUACGCAUUGCCAUCUAUGCCACCGAUUCCAGUGAGCCACUCCACAGUACACAUUCCCCGGAUGCCGGCCCAACUCAAAUGCUCUUCAUCCUCCGCGAGAGCCCGGGCAUCGAUCUGUAUCCUGGCACCUGGGCCCAUUCAGACCAACAGCAAGUGCAAUCCUUGGCUGCUUCGGAAGCCACUGCCAAAGUUCGAAAGCUCUCCCUCAACGCCCACAGCUACCCCAAAUCUAUGCACGUCACGCCGUUUUCCGGCCGAGUAGCCUGGCAGUCACUACUCCCACUCGUCUUCGGCCGCGCCUACCAUGUUCUCGACCACUCCUGUGCUUCACUAGUUGGCGAAUGGAUCGGUGGCAUCGCACGCCUCUUCCAGGCUCUCGCAACCGGCGAGGAAACGGAGAACCCCGAGCUCCUAGCGCCGAGUCAGAAGGCCAACACGGCCACGUACGGCCCAGGCCUCAUCCGCACACUGACGGACUGGUUGCCCGAACUGCGUCGUAUGCAGGGCCGCAUGGAGCGCCAGCUCAAGCUCAGCGGCGACGAGGCGCAGAAGAGUAUCGUGGCCAAGUUCAAACAGCUACGUGAGCACUGUGGAUGUGGGAUCUGCUCCUCUGAGCGGCCGCCGGCGGGGCCUUCGGACGGGAAGAAUGGCAACUUGUUGCUGCCUGAGCACGGGUACUGCCUCAUGGCGCUCGCGGAGACCAUUGUGGCGCUAGGGCUCACGUUGUCGGGCCUGACGGUCAGCCCGCAGCUGUAUCCGUCGCGAGCAGGGAUCCAGAGUCUGUACUAUUCGCAGGUGCUGAGGCGGCUGGCUGCCAGGGGUUGUCCAUGGCAGCAGCAUUUCCAGCUGGUGUAUGGCGAUGAGUGGGCAGCCGGUGACGCGAGACGGUUGAGUACCGCCGUCAUGCUCUUCAGCGGGAGCAGGCCACGGAAGUCGAUGGUGGAAAAGCUGGUGGCUGUCAGUCACGAGGGCAUAUGUUGCUAUUUUGUGGAUCUGGAGAAGGUGAAUACAAAGGGCAAGACGGAGAGUGCUGGCACAAGGUUGAUCAAGGUGGUGAGCGGGGGGAUCAAUUUGAAGUGGAAGGUCUUUGAUCGGGCGUGCAUGGACGAUCCGAUGGAGGGGAAUGUAGAAGGGCUGCUGGCUGGGGGGACUGUUUGGGAAAGCGUGGCAGUUGAGCAUUUGGAGGAAAAGUUGUAUCUGCAAUGA